AUGAACGGGAACGGCGGCAACGAGGCGAAGCUGCGUGCCCUUGCGCUCGACGAACCGCAUCACGAACCACCUCGAGAGGACAAGUUGAUUGUCGGGGUCGACUUUGGCACAACCUUUAGUGGUGUAGCGGCUGCCUAUAGUGCGACACCAGAUGAUGUGGAUAUUGUCAAGAGUUGGCCGGGAGGAAAUGGUAUCACGAGUGACAAAUGCCCUACAGAGAUCGCCUAUGGACCUCCCAAGCCCAAUGGAGAAGGCGGCGAUACACACGACAUACGGUGGGGAUUCCAAUUCAAGCCCGAAGACAGCAGGCUUCGCUGUAUCAAGCUCUUCCUGGAUCGCAACCAGACGCUUCCUCAUUUCGUAAGCCCUUUGGACACUGCGGCACAGCUCCGGAAAUGUGGCCGUACCGUUAUGGAUGCUGUUACAGACUAUCUGAAGAAGAUCUACGAUCACACCAUUGAGACAAUGACAAGGCGAUAUGGAGAGGGAUUCAUGAAGUCUACCCGGGUGGAAUUCAUUCUCACCGUGCCUGCUCUUUGGUCAGACGCGGCGAAGAAUGCUACAUUGCAAGCCGCCGAACGAGCGGGAAUGGGAAGCAGGCAUGAGCUAAAGCUUAUAUCGGAACCCGAGGCCGCGGCAGUCUACACCCUCAAGACGAUUCAACCGAGCGGACUCAAAUUGGGUGAAAACUACAUUGUGUGCGACGCCGGUGGUGGUACUGUGGACCUCAUCGCCUACAAGAUUACACAUGUCAACCCCUUGAGGAUCGAGGAGAGUGCCGUAGGGACCGGAGGGCUAUGCGGCUCGGCGUUCCUGAACUAUCGAUUCGAAGAUUGUGUGAGACAGCGGUUGGGUGUCGAUCGGUACAAAGAGAUGCGAGACAAGAAACCGAAGACAUGGAUGAUGGGAUUGAGAUAUUUCGACGAGUUUGUGAAACGUAAUUUCAACGAAGAGGAGCACGAAGAAGUCAACGUUCCCUUUCCCGGGCUACCGGAUGAUGAAGAGGCUGGGCUGGAAAGCGGUUUCAUGGUCCUUGCAGCAGAAGAGGUGAAAACCAUCUUCGAUCCUGUGAUUAACGAAGUCAUCGGCUUGGUGGAAGGACAGGUAGAUGCUGUUCAAAGUAAAGGCGGAAGUGUUUCAGGCAUCAUACUUGUGGGUGGCUUUGGACAAUCGAACUAUUUGUACACGAGGGUGAAGCAACACUUCAACGCUGUACCUCCGCCUGCGUACACCACGAAACCCACACACGAGGCAGCGCAGGCACCACAGCAGAGCGUGGAGGUGCUACAGCCGCUGCAUGCAUGGACUGCAGUCGUGCGCGGCGCCGUGAUUCGAGGCAUAGAAGGUAGUCUGGUGGAGACACGGCGUAGUCGGUGGCACUACGGCACAAGCUACGCUACGGUCUUUGACGAAACCAAACAUCCCAUCAGUGAUCGCUAUUGGAGUCCACUCUGGGAGCGGUGGAUGGUGAGCGAUCGAAUGCAGUGGCAUGUCAACAAGGGAACACCCAUUUCUGCCGAUCAGCCUAUAUCGUUCCAUUACACCCGCAACUUUCGCCCGGGCCAAUCUCUUUGCGUUGAAGAUGAAUUGAUCGGCUGCGAGAGCGAUCAUGCGCCAGACGCCUACACCAAAGAUCUCGUCAGCGUUUGUACCCUCACUACAGAUCUCAACGCUGUCCCCAAAGCCUUGUUCACUCGCUUGACAACGACCAAAGGGAUUGAGUUUGAUAAUCUGGACUUUGAGAUUUCCAUGCGAAUUCAGAGCGCYGGAUUGGUCUUUGAACUUCGGGUGGAUGGCGUACCAUACGGAAGCGUUGAGGCCAAUUUCAAGUGA